AUGGCGGAAGCAAGACGAUUUAGCCCCAAUCAUGAAUUAGAUGUUGAACAAAUACUCUCAGAAGCAAGAAACCGAUGGCUUCGUCCUCCUGAAAUCUGUGAAAUUUUACAGAAUUACCAAAGAUUUCAAAUAUCUACCGAGCCACCUACUACACCAUCAAGUGGAUCUGUUUUUCUGUUUGAUCGAAAGGUGCUCAGGUACUUCAGGAAAGACGGUCACAAUUGGAGGAAGAAAAGAGAUGGAAAGACAGUGAAAGAAGCUCAUGAGAGGCUCAAGGCGGGAAGCGUUGAUGUUCUGCAUUGUUACUAUGCGCAUGGACAAGACAAUGAAAACUUUCAAAGACGCAGUUAUUGGAUGCUUCAGGAAGAGCUUUCCAACAUUGUUUUUGUCCAUUAUCUCGAAGUUAAGGGUAGUAGGGUUUCUACUUCUUAUAAUCGGAUGCAAAGGUCUGAAGAUGCUGUUCGGUCUCCUCAAGAAACUGGGGAAAUCUUUACCAGUGAGCGUGAUGGUUAUGCUUCUUGCAGCAUUAAUCAAUAUGAUCACAGUAAUCAUUCACAAGCUACUGACUCAGCAAGUGUCGAUGGUGUUCACACUCCAGAACUUGAAGAUGCUGAAUCAGCAUACAAUCAGCAGGCGAGCUCCAUAGUUUACUCACAUCAAGGAUUUCAGCAGCCUGCAACUACUGGUUUUGAUUCUUACUAUCAAAUGUGUUUGACGCCCAGGGGUGGUUAUCAGAAAGAGCUUCGUACAAUCCCCGUAAUAGAUUCUUCAGUUAUGGUAGACAAGAGCAAACCUAUCAACGGUCCUGGAGUAGCAAAUGGGCUAAGGAACAGAAAAUCCAUUGAUUCCCAAACCUGGGAAGAGAUUCUGGGAAAUUGUGGUUCUGGAGCUGCUGAAGGUUUACCUAUGCAGCCUAACAAUGAGCAUGAAGAAGUGUUGGACCAAAUACUCCAAAGCUGCUCUUUUACUAUGGAAGAUUUUGCCAGUCUACAAGAGUCCAUUGUGAAAAGCCAGAAUCAGGAGUUAAAUUCAGGAGUUGCAUCUGAUCGUACCGGGUGGUUCCAAGGACAAGAUAUGGAGCUAAAUGCUAUAAGCAAUUUAGCUUCAAAUGAAAAAGCUCCAUAUCUAUCUACGAUGAAACAGCAUCUGUUAGACGGUGCACUGGGCGAAGAAGGUUUGAAAAAGAUGGACAGUUUCAAUCGCUGGAUGAGCAAAGAACUUGGAGAUGUUGGUGUUAUCGCUGAUGCAAACGAGUCUUUUACUCAGUCCAGUUCGAGAACGUACUGGGAAGAAGUUGAGAGUGAGGAUGGUUCCAAUGGCCACAACUCUAGGAGGGACUUGGAUGGAUACGUUAUGAGUCCUUCCCUCUCAAAGGAACAACUCUUCAGCAUCAUUGACUUCUCUCCAAGCUGGGCUUAUGUGGGUUGUGAAGUGAAGGUUCUUGUCACUGGAAAAUUCUUAAAGACUCGAGAGGAGGCUGAAAUUGGCGAGUGGUCUUGCAUGUUUGGGCAAACAGAAGUUCCAGCAGAUGUUAUAGCUAAUGGUGUUCUCCAAUGUGUUGCUCCUAUGCACGAGGCUGGAAGAGUUCCGUUUUAUGUAACAUGUUCCAACAGAUUAGCAUGCAGUGAAGUGCGUGAAUUCGAGUACAAGGUUGCGGAGUCUCAAGUUUUUGAUAGAGAAGCAGAUGAAUCUACUACUAUUGAAAUUCUUGAGGCAAGGUUUAUUAAAUUAUUGUGCUCGAAAUCCGAUUGCCUGAGCUCUUCUCUUUCCGGGAAUGACAGUGAUUUGUCCCUAUUGAGCCAGAAGAUCAGUUUACUGCUUUUCGAAAAUGACGACCAGUUGGAUCAGAUGCUAAUGAAUGAAAUCUCCCAAGAAAAUAUGAAAAACAACCUUUUGCAGGAAGCUCUGAAAGAAAGCUUACACUCAUGGCUUUUACAUAAGAUAGCAGAAGGUGGAAAAGGUCCCAAUGUGUUGGAUGAAGGUGGCCAAGGUAUAUUACACUUUGCAGCUGCUCUUGGUUACAACUGGGCUUUAGAACCAACGAUAGUCGCCGGUGUAAGCGUUGAUUUUCGGGAUGUAAAUGGUUGGACUGCACUUCAUUGGGCAGCUUUCUUUGGCAGGGAGCUGGUAAUUGGUUCUCUCAUAGCUCUUGGUGCUGCUCCUGGAACUUUGACUGACCCGAAUCCAGAUUUUCCGUCAGGAAGCACACCUUCUGAUCUAGCGUAUGCUAAUGGUUACAAAGGAAUUGCUGGUUAUCUCUCAGAAUAUGCCUUGAGAGCCCACGUUUCUCUGCUCAGUCUAAAUGAGAGAAAUGCAGAAACACCUCUACCAGCGGUUGAGACCGCUCCUAGCCAAUCCAGCUCAUCAUUAACAGACUCGUUGACAGCUGUACGUAACGCUACUCAAGCAGCCGCUCGGAUUCAUCAGGUUUUCAGGGCUCAGUCUUUCCAGAAGAAGCAAAUAAAAGAGUUUGGAGAUAGAAAGUUUGGGAUGUCGGAGGAGCGUGCUCUUUCCAUGCUUGCUCCUAAAACACACAAACCAGGACGAGCACAUAGUGAUGAUUCGGUACAAGCCGCUGCUAUACGGAUUCAGAACAAGUUCCGCGGUUACAAGGGAAGAAAAGAAUAUCUGAUUACUAGACAAAGAAUCAUUAGAAUACAGGCUCAUGUGAGAGGUUAUCAGGUUAGAAAGAACUACAGGAAAAUAAUAUGGUCGGUGGGGAUAUUAGAGAAGGUGAUAUUGCGUUGGAGACGGAAAGGAGCUGGUUUGCGCGGGUUUAAAUCGGACGCGCUUGUUGAUAAAAUGAAAGAUGGAACAGAGAAAGAAGAAGAUGAUGAUUUUUUCAAACAAGGUAGAAAGCAAACAGAGGAAAGACUACAAAAGGCUCUUGCAAGAGUGAAAUCAAUGGUUCAAUAUCCUGAAGCUAGAGAUCAGUACCGAAGAUUGCUAAAUGUGGUCAACGAUAUCCAAGAAAGCAAGGUUGAAAAAGCUCUUGAAAGUUCAGAAGACGCAAUAUGUUUUGAUGAUGAUCUGAUAGAUAUUGAAGCAUUGUUGGGAGAUGAUAAUGACACAUUGAUGUUACCUAUGUCGUCAACUAUGUGGGCCUCUUGA